UCCCUCUUUACAUUCAGGUGGAGUCAGUUCUUACUGGGAUAUAAAUUUCCAGGAAGAGAGGCAGAGGCAGCUGGGUUGCUUAAAUCUUAGGAAGCUUACAAAGCCAUCAUGAGGGAGUGUCUUUCUAUCCAUAUUGGCCAGGCUGGGGUCCAGAUGGGCAAUGCCUGUUGGGAGCUGUAUUGUCUAGAACAUGGAAUCCAGCCGGAUGGGACCAUUCCUGGCAACAAGGUAGCUAAACCGAUAGAGCCAGAGACUGAACAAGUGGAUUCUUCUUUUGAGACUUUCUUCUGUGAGACUGCAUCAGGAAAGCACGUGCCCAGAGCUGUGUUCAUUGACCUGGAACCCACGGUCAUUGAUGAAAUCCGAAUUGGCAACUACCGUGCACUCUUCCAUCCUGAGCAGCUCAUUAGCGGCAAAGAGGAUGCUGCCAACAACUACGCCCGGGGCCACUACACCAUUGGGAAGGAAAUCAUUGAUACAGUGUUGGGUAGAGUCCGCAAAAUGGCUGACCAGUGCAGUGGCCUUCAAGGGUUCCUGGUCUUCCACAGCUUCGGAGGAGGCACAGGCUCUGGAUUCACAUCCCUCUUGAUGGAGCGCCUGUCAGUAGAGUACAGCAAGAAGUCCAAGCUGGAGUUCUCGGUGUACCCUGCCCCACAGGUCUCCACUGCAGUGGUGGAACCCUACAAUUCCAUCCUGACCACCCACACCACGCUGGAGCACUCGGACUGUUCUUUCAUGGUGGACAAUGAGGCCAUUUAUGACAUCUGCAACCGGAACCUUGAUAUUGAGCGUCCCACUUACACCAACUUGAACAGGCUGAUAGGACAGAUAGUGUCAUCUGUCACUGCUUCCCUAAGAUUUAAUGGUGCAUUAAAUGUUGAUCUGAUAGAAUUCCAAACUAAUUUGGUGCCUUAUCCCCGCAUACAUUUCCCCCUCACUACCUAUGCACCCAUAAUUUCAGCAGAGAAAGCCUACCACGAGCAGCUCUCAGUGCCUGAAAUCACCAACGCUUGCUUUGAGUUCUCCAACCAGAUGGUGAAAUGUGACCCUCGCCGAGGCAAAUACAUGGCUUGCUGCCUGCUGUACCGGGGGGAUGUGGUGCCCAAGGAUGUGAAUGCAGCUAUAGCAGCCAUCAAAACCAGGAGGUCCAUCCAGUUUGUGGACUGGUGCCCAACUGGGUUUAAGGUGGGCAUCAAUUACCAGCCCCCGACUGUGGUGCCGGGAGGAGACCUGGCUAAAGUGCAGCGGGCCGUCUGCAUGCUGAGCAACACCACAGCUAUUGCAGAAGCCUGGGCCCGUCUGGAUCACAAGUUUGACCUGAUGUACGCGAAACGGGCCUUUGUGCAUUGGUAUGUGGGGGAGGGGAUGGAGGAGGGGGAGUUCUCUGAAGCCAGAGAGGACAUGGCUGCUCUAGAGAAGGACUAUGAGGAAGUUGGCAGGGACUCUGCCGAUGGGGACGAGGCAGAUGAAGAUGAGUAUUAACUGGAGUUUGUACUGGAUUUGAGGUUUGAUUUAAUAUUCAUCGUCACCUUCCUCCACCUCCUCAGCAGAGUCCCUGCCAACUUCCUCAUAGUCCUUCUCUAGAGCAGCCAGGUCC